GCGGCCCUCCAGGACUGUGAUUGAAGACCCCUGGACUAAGGCUAUAGCUGCUUUAUUAAAACAGAUUAUCAAAGAUUACACAAAGAAGCGUGGAAUAAAGAGAGCAUCCGAUGUCACUGAGCUGUGCCUGGCAAACACUGGAUUAAUACAUUUUGCUGAUCUGUCAGGAUUCCAGAUGUUAAAUUACCUCUGGCUGAAUAACAAUAAGAUUAGAGAUGUGAGUGGCUUGAAACACAAUCACGGAAUAACAGAAUUGUACCUUCACAACAAUCAGCUUACCAGUGUCACAGGAGCUCUGAACCAUUUGAAAUCACUGCAAGUUCUUACGCUUCACAACAACCAGUUGACAAAGCUGGAGGAAACCAUUUCAGAACUCAAAGGAAUGCAGUUUCUAAAGACUUUAAGUUUAUUUUUGAAUCCCUUGGCUCAAGAGUCACCAUAUCGCCUUUAUGUAAUUCAUCAUCUGCCAUUACUGAAGAUGCUUGACAAAAAAGAGAUUAAGCAAGAAGAAAAAGAAGCAGCAUUUAGAAAAUACAGCCCUGAGCGUUUCAGGAUUCUGCAGUCAAUAGCGUUUGGGAAACGUGUGGAGUCUGUGGUGCCAAACAGCCAGUCCAGAGCUCUCAUUCAGCAUGGUGAUUAUGCCACAGGAAGACUCCAGACUUGCUCAUUAUUAAGGGGAAGAAAUGGCACUUUGAUUACAAGAAAAAUGAAAAGAUCUUUAAUGCAAUUUUCUACUGUGGACUGGAACACCAUGGCGACUUCCAAACAAACAUCUGAGGGAGAGACGUUUGAAACGCCACAUCGAGUGAUUAUCCGAUUCAGAUGACUCCUUGCAUAGCCAUCCGACUUCAUGGACAUACCUUUCCCACCUUAGUAUUCUGUUAUCAAACAAGAUCUGCAUGUAUUGGUUUCUUGGAAUCCAAACAGGUUCCAUUAAUGUUAAGUGCUAAUUUAUCAGCUAUAAAUUCCUGUAAAAUUAAAGUGUGAUUAAUAUGCUUUGUAACCAAUGCUGGGAGUAACGAAGUAAAAGUAAUGUGUGUUACGCAGUCCAAUUACUUUUGAAAAGUAACAAGUAAUGUAACACAGAACUUAUUUUAUUGAAGUGAAAACACUUGUAUUACUUUAAAAUGUCACUACAGAAGCUAAAUCGCAACAUUAUAACAUUAUUUCGCAUAAAGACAUUGCAUGCUGCUGUCACUGUAACACUGUGCACAUGUGUGCUCCGGCCGUCUACUGACAGCGGACUAGAAGGUUAAGCACGUGUGUCGUGUGUGCAAAUAUGGGAAGGGAACUGAACAGAAGUAUACAUUUAAUCCUGUAUGCCCUGUUCAGUGAGCUGGGGAUUAUCACAGCAGCACUGGGUGUCAGGCAAAAAGCAAACAUAGUGAACGUUUAGCACUUUAAACCACACAAGUGCCUUGGGAAUAACACAGCCUGUCACUCUCUCAGCACUUCAAGAGACUUAC